AUGCAUGCUGAGGGGGAUUCCAUGUUGGUGUUCACCCAGUGGCACGACGACGACACAGCCGGCGCCGAUAACUGGGCGGGCAGCAAUGAUCACUCUCUACCGGAACUCGAUCUCCUCAUGACCGUGUCAGGGCAAUUACAAGAUGAAUCUCUCACCCAUCCAGGAACAUUUUUCAUGGACGAAUAUGCCAUGACAGUUCCCGCUGAUGCUGCACUCCCCUCGGUUCUCGCUGGAACUUCCCCCAACCAACUGAACUCUCCUGCCUCAUCAUUACCACCUCAGACCCGACCGAAUUCCAUACCCGAUCAACCCAGCCAGCCUGGGCCCAAUUCAUCCUGCUGCUCUGCUCAUGAACGUAUUGUGCAUCUCCUUCUCUCGAAUGGGGCUAAUGUCAAUGUGCAAAAUGCGAAUGGGCAGACACCUCUCCAUAUAGCGGCCCAGCAUGGUCAUAUCGGAAUUGUGAGGCUUUUACUGGCUUCCAAAUUCAUCGACGUGAAUAUUCAAGACCACCGUGGAGCGACGCCUCUGCACCUUGCAAGUGAAAAUGGCCAUGCUAUGGUGGUCACUCUUUUGGUGGAACAUAACGCUCGGCUAGACGUGAGGACAACGAGCGUAUGA